GGGCUGUACUGAGAGGUGGCGGAGCCGGGAGCGGGGCCGGAGCGGGCCAUGGAGCGGGCGGCGGGGCCGGGGGGAGCGCUGGCCGAGGGGCUUAUCAAGUCUCCGCGGCCGCUGAUGAAAAAACAGGCGGUGAAGCGGCACCACCACAAGCACAACCUCAAGCACCGCUACGAGUUCCUGGAGACGCUGGGGAAAGGCACCUACGGGAAGGUGAAGAAAGCCCGGGAGCGCUCCGGGAAACUGGUGGCGAUUAAGUCAAUCCGGAAAGACAAAAUCAAGGAUGAGCAGGACCUUGUCCACAUUCGGAGAGAGAUUGAGAUCAUGUCCUCCCUCAACCACCCUCACAUCAUUGCUGUCCAUGAAGUGUUUGAGAACAGCAGCAAGAUCGUCAUCGUAAUGGAGUACGCCAGCAAGGGGGACCUGUACGACUACAUCAGCGAGCGGCAGCGGCUGACGGAGCAGGAGGCACGGCACUUCUUCCGGCAGGUCGUGUCUGCCGUCUACUACUGCCACAAGAACGGGAUCGUUCACAGGGACCUGAAGCUGGAGAACAUCCUUCUUGAUGCAAAUGGGAACAUCAAGAUUGCAGACUUUGGCCUGUCCAAUGUUUACCAGCAAGACAAACUUUUGCAGACGUACUGCGGCAGCCCUCUCUAUGCAUCUCCCGAAAUCAUCAAUGGAAGGCCAUACAAGGGCCCGGAGGUGGACAGCUGGUCCCUGGGCGUUCUCCUCUAUGUCCUGGUCCACGGCACAAUGCCAUUCGAUGGCCACGACUACAAGACUCUGGUCAAGCAGAUCACAAGCGGGGACUACCGGGAGCCCACCAAGCUGUCGGAUGCCUGUGGGCUGAUCCGCUGGAUGCUGAUGGUGAACCCUGAGCGCCGUGCCACCAUCGAGGACAUCGCCACGCACUGGUGGGUGAACUGGGGCUACAAAAUGCCUAUCGGAGAGCAAGAGCUACUGCGGGAGAGCGAGUCCCCCCUGGCCACGGUGGCAGAGUGGCUUCGCCGUUCCUCCCGGCCCCUCCUGGAGAACAGCUCCAAGGUGCGAUGCUUCUUGAAGCAGCACAUCCCCGGUGUGACUGUGGAGCGGCAGCGCUCUCUCAAGAAGUCCAAAAAGGAGAACGAUGUCUCCCAUGCGCUGCAGGAGGUGGCCCUGGCCCCAGAGAACCCUUCCAAGUCCAUCCUCAAGCGGCCCAAGGGCAUCCUGAAGAAGAGAAACUCCUGCGAGCAGAAGGUGCCAGGUCCCGGCCCCCCGCUGGCAGCAGCCGUGGGAGAGGCGACGGGUGAGGAUGAUGAGGUGGCUGCUGUGGGUCUCACCCACAUCCUGCCCUCAGGGAUGCUGCCUGGUGGCACAGGUGACAGAGCGGUGCCCAUGGCCGUGCCCAAGAAGGGAAUACUUAAAAAGCCUCCGACGAGGGAGUCGGGGUAUUACUCAUCCCUGGAGUGCUGCGAGUCUGGGGAUGUCCUGGAUGCGGGGAGCUUGGACCUCGAUGGGAGUGUGUUUGCUGACACCCCCUCCCCAGAGCAAGGUCCCCAGGGCCUCCCUGCCCGCAGGAAAGGCAUCCUUAAGCACAACGGCAAGUUCUCCUCCAGAGGCGCGCGGCCAGACAGCCCCCCUGGGCCAGGCUUUGGGGGUUUCAGUGAGGUGCCCCUGCCCCAGGUACCCCGUGCCCGCCCGGCCAGCGCCGUCAGCGAGGACAGCAUCCUCUCCACAGAGUCCUUCGACCAGCUCGACCUGCCCACCCGCGUCCCCCCUGGCAGCGGGGGCAUGCGGGGCUGUGUCUCUGCCGACAGCCUCUUGCGGUUGGAAGAGGAGGAGGAGGCAGAGGAAGGGCGCAGGUUGCGCCGCUGGACUGUGACCCAUUGCCGGAGCCCCCUGGGAGAGAGCAGCUUGUCCCUUGCGGGCUGUGACAAUGUCACUGAGGUCUACCGGCGUGCCCUGGCCAUCGGCAUGAAGCUGAGCUGAGGGCACCUCUUGUCAGGGCUCCCCGGGGGGGUGUGUGUUGGGGAGGGGGCUGAGCCCCCCUGCCCCAGGGCUGCUGGAGCGGCUGAGCCACAUCCCAGCUAUUUAUUUUGCAGCCUUGGGGAGGGAGCCGUGGUGGCUGUGGGGUGUUGGUGAGGGGACACCCCAAAACCAGGACAUUAAAUGGACCAAAGUAAUCCAGCCACCACCCCCGUGGAGGGGCUGGGGGGUCCCAGGGGCUCCUCGCUGCUGUCCCCCCUCACAAACAGGCUCAUCUCAUUGGGGGGAGGGGGAAACUAAGGUCUUGGGGGGGGGAUUUUUUUUCUUUGCACUGAUUUUGGCUGCACAAGGUAACAGAUGGGGCGGGUGAUAUACCUCAACCCAGCUGGAGAUGGAGCAGGGGCUGGGAGGUGCUGGUAAUGGGGUCCAACCAGCCAGACCCCAGCCCUUCCCUCUCCUGUACUGACAAACCCAACUGGAUCUGACCGAAACCCCACUCUGAGAAGAUGCUCUGAUGCCAACUUUUUAAUGUUGAAAGGAGUGAAAAAAAGUGCCUUUGGUGAGGCGCUGCUUCUUUAUUUAUUGCCUUUGUCCAACUUGAUGUAAAAGUUCAGCAGCACGGGCUGUGUCUGGCUCCGUACUGGCCCCCGGCUUGCGGGGGGUGAAGUGUUUGUGCCCUUAUGUCUCCUGUGCCGCACAUCGAAGCUCCGUUGCACUAUUGCCGUGUGUUUGCUGGCCCUUGCCCUUCUCCAGGGUGUGUGUGUUUUCUCCUGCUUCCUCCAAAGUGGUCUUGAGAAAACCAUUAAAUGAAAAGCAAACGGUA